CCGCCUCCCCACUGUAGCUUCCGUCAUAUAACCUAUCCCUCUACAAUGACAGGCUGCCAUCACAGGUGAUCGUUUACUACAUUCGAAGAUUUUGUUGUUAAGUAUAUAUUUUAGGUUACAGAACUUAUGGUAUCAAAGUAUUUUCUGAUGGUCAUAAUAUUUAAUCCCUUUAUAAACUCACGGCACAGCAGCUAGUACAGAGCGCCAUCUAUAAUAUUUUGUGUUAGGUGAUUUUAGUCAUUCAGAGUCUGACUUCGUUAUUCCCAGGCAAAGGAGCUUCCUUAGGAUAUCCCAUCUUGGGGUAUUUACCCAAAUUAUAUUAAACCGAUGGUUUUUAACACAGGACAGCAUAAUUUGUUAAGGAUUUGUCUAUACCUAAGUCGCAAAUCGUACUCAAGAAAUCAGCUAAGCAGUCACAAUACUUACAAUUCCAGCUGUUUGACGUCAAUCACGUACCUACGAGUUACCUUCAUGUUACGUCAACUUCUGAAUAGAAAACCUUGACAAUAGAGCACAAAGAUCACUUCUUAAAGAAUAACCACCAUAUCCCGUUUUCCCGAAAACCCCCAAUACGUCAGAUACAGCUCGAUUUAUUUUUAUUUCACUUAGAACUGCGUCACGUUCUUAUCACUUCCAUUUCUAUUUAACAAUUCAAUAAGUUCAUAGGUCUCGCAUUGAAAUGCUAAAACGUACAAGCCACUUCAUGUAGCAUAGCCUACUAUUCCAACUUGUUUCUACACUCCACCAGUGAUAUCCCGUGUCUUUUGAGGGAAGGUCGACUUUAGACGUAAAAAAAUUGUAAUCUUCUGUAAAAAUGUACCAAGAUAACGAAGUUGGGGCUAAGUUGGAGAAGAACAAGUUUGAGAAUUCUAUAAGUGAAUUGAAGAAGAAGACUUUUGUUUCGAUAGCUGAUAUCGCGAGCUAUGGAGAAAGCAGCGUCACACCAGAGUACCAGGAGGCGUACCGGCGCUCCAUCAACGAUCCCGAAGGGUUCUGGGGCGAGGUAGCACAGGAGCUGGAGUGGACCAAACCCUGGGAACGAGUCCUGGACAACAGUAAUCCACCGUUCACAAAAUGGUGGGUAGGAGGAGAGAUGUCAGUAUGUUACAACGCAGUAGACAGACACGUGGCCAAUGGCAAAGGAGACCAGGUGGCACUAGUACACGACUCACCUUUAACCGACACAGUGCGCAAGAUCACAUACUCUGAGAUUAAAGAUCAGGUCUCCCGUCUAGCUGGUAAGCUGGCAUCACUGGGCGUGACGCGAGGGUCUCGGGUGCUGAUCUACAUGCCCCUCGUCCCUGAAGCCAUCAUCUCCAUGCUGGCCACCAACAGAUUGGGAGCCAUCCACUCAGUAGUCUUUGGAGGAUUCGCAGCGCGAGAGUUGAGAACAAGAAUAGAGCAUGCUGAGCCCACCGUGAUCAUUGCAGCCAGCUGCGGUGUGGAACCCAACAAAAUUGUCAGAUACAAAGACAUCCUGGACGAAGCGCUCUGUCAGUCAGACUUCCAGCCGAACAACUGCAUCAUCUUCCAACGGCGAAGAGUUCUGGAGUGCACCCUGGAACCUGGGCGGGACAUCAACUGGGAAGAUGCCUUGGAAGCUGAGCCUGUACCCUGUGUACCUGUAGAGGCUAACGAACCGUUGUACAUAUUGUAUACUUCAGGUACAACAAGCGCUCCCAAAGGUAUUCAGCGGCCAUGUGGUCACGCUGCCGUCCUCUGCUGGACUCUAAAAACAGUCUACGGCCUCAAGAAAGGAGUUUGGUGGGCAGCCUCUGACCUUGGAUGGGUGGUCGGUCAUUCCUACAUCUGCUAUGGACCCCUUCUAGCAGGAGUUACCUCUGUGCUGUAUGAGGGCAAACCUGAUCGAACUCCUGACCCUGGACAGUACUUUAGGAUCAUAGAACAGCACCGUGUGAAUGCCCUCUUCACGAUCCCCACAGCAUUCAGAGUGCUGAAGCGAGCUGAUCCCAACGCGAAGUACGCCAGGAGAUACUGCAGCAAGUCCUUGAAGACUGUCUUCAUCGCUGGAGAGCAUUGUGAUCAGGAUACCAGGCAAUGGUCGGAGCGUAUAUUUGGAGUACCAGUACUAAACCACUGGUGGCAGACGGAGUCAGGGUCUCCCAUCACUGCGCCUUGCAUGGGAUACAACGUGAAGGCUAUUCCACCUCAUUCAGCUGGUUACCCCGUGCCUGGAUAUGAUCUACAUGCCCUAAAAGAAGAUGGAUCAGAAUGCCAGCCCGGUGAGGUCGGCAGACUAGUGGCUAAGCUACCUCUGCCUCCAGGCUUCGCAUCAACUCUGUGGCAAGCUGACAAGCGAUUCAAGGAAACCUAUUUUGAAACAUAUCCUGGAUACUACGACACCCAAGAUGCUGGCUGGAUAAGCGCUGAAGGAGCUGUGUGGGUAGUAGCCCGAGCUGAUGACGUCAUCAAUGUAGCCGGUCACCGUCUGUCCACUGCUGCCCUUGAAGACGUGGUCCUAAGACACGCCAGGGUUGCUGAUGCUGUAGUGGUUGGAGCCCCAGAUCCCACGAAAGGAGAUGUACCUCUAUGUCUCUAUGUUAUGAGGCCUCCUCAAGAUGAUGAAGAAAUCGUAGCUGAAAGCACAGUGACUCAAGAGCUGAUUGCGUUAGUUCGACACUUGAUUGGACCCAUCGCUGCAUUCAGGAAGGCAGUCGCCGUUCCCGCAUUACCUAGGACCAGGUCUGGAAAAGCCCUUCGUGGAGCCAUCGCCAAGCUAGCUAGGUCUCAACUUGUAAAGCUACCAUCAACCAUUGAAGAUCCUUCCGUAUUCGGCGAAAUUAAAAUCGCUCUGCAAAAGUUCGGCUACGCCAUAGACGCGCCAGACCCAGAAAUGUAAAUAAAUAGUAAAUAAAUAAUAUUAGAUUUAGAGAAUACGCAGAGAUGAACUACCUAGCAAGUUAAUUUUUAUCUUUAUUUUAGAUAAGGUUUUAGUUUUAGUUAUUUCAAUAUUUUGAAGGUGGCCUAUCAUCCAGCCUUUGGUUUACUAUCAAGAAAAUUACGUUUUUAUAUUUUGGGACCCACUGGAACUAUUCAAAUAUAAAACAAACGUAUUUUUCUUGUGUUGCCACUGUGAUAGAAAGCUAGAAGUAGCUUUUUAUUUUAAAUGUACUUAAAUUAUGUAUUUUAAAUAGUUAAUUGUAAAUACCAAAAAAAUUGCUUAAUCGUAAAAUAAGUAAUUUGUGGUAAAAAAAGUGGUAAUUUUUCUGAUAAUGAUCUGGCAUUUUUCAAUACAAAUGAUUGAAAUCUUUGUUGAUAAAUAAAUUGAUAUAGGUACCUACAUAAGGUAGAUAUCUAAUGUCUAGAGACAUACUAGACCCAUUUCAUAGCACAUAUUAUUUUCCUAAGAGGAAUGCGCCUAAAUUAAUUUAUUUUAAUUAUUCAUUAAAUUAUUUUAGGUAGAAACUUGUACUGAUAAGAA